AUGUCUGAGCACCAUGUCCACAUCCCUCCUCCUCAGUUUUCCACCUAUGCCACAGUAAUCGAUCCACCAAGACAAGUCACUGCGACACAUCCAGAGGAAAUGACGUGCGAGCCAGUUCCACCGAAUCCGGCGGCUGAUAUUGAGGAAAUCGCCCCGGCAGCAUCCUCGACUCCUGUUCGCGUACCGUAUCCUACCGCAGCUCCAACAGUUCCACCGCCUAUCCCAUCUGCACCUGAAUCAUCCUCUACAGUACCGAAGAAAAUGGCUUUGGCGCCAUCCUCGAAUAAAACCUAUAAGCAAAAACGAACAUUCAAGGUUAUCAUAGUCGGAAACGCUGCAGUUGGCAAAACAUGUCUGUCAUUCAGAUUCUGUUGCGGACGAUUCCCAGAGCACACAGAAGCCACCAUUGGAGUAGACUUCAGGGAGAGAAGUUGUGUGAUCGAGAACGAACUCCUACGCGUGCAACUAUGGGACACAGCUGGACAAGAACGGUACCGCCAGUCGAUCGUUGCUCACUAUUAUCGUAAUGUGAACGCUGUAGUUUUCGUUUAUGAUGUGACAUGUCGUGAAUCGUUCAAUGACUUGGCUCUGUGGAUCAAAGAAUGUGAAAAACAUGGAUUGGUAGGCGAUAGUGAAGUUCCUCGUAUUCUGAUUGGCAAUAAGUGUGAUGUGGAAUGUACGAAUCGAGUGUCAACAGAUGAAGCACAGAUGUUCGCCGACCGCAACAAUAUGGCGUUGUUCGAGACAUCUGCCAAAGCUGCUUCUGAAGCCGAUCACGUGGAAUCGAUCUUCUUGACUCUUCUUCAUAAACUUCAGCAGAGCAAACCGAUGCAUGUUCAAUCACAAGACGAAAGGCAACAAAAGGAACAGGAGCGUCUGAUUCUGAAAGCUAAUGAAGCUGGGAACGUUGAAGAAGAAGGCUUCUGUUGCUGA